AUGUCCUCCUCAUCACUACCAUCACUAUCCCCCCUCCCCCUCCCCCCCUCCAUAACCUCCCGCCUCAUCCCAACCACUCCCACCCUAACCACCCACAUCCUCGAAUCCAACUCCCCCACAACAGCAACAACAACCACUCCACGGCCCCGCAAACUCAUCCUCCUCCUCCACGGCUUCCCCGAACUCGCCUACUCCUGGCGCCACAUCCUCCCCCAACUCUCCACCCAAGCCGGUCCGGACUACCACAUCGUGGCCCCGGACGGACGCGGCUUCGGGCGCACCACAGGCUGGGAAAAAGACGCCCCCAACUACCCCGACUCGAACCUCACCACCUUCACAGGCUUAUCCUUAGUCCGGGACGUGGUGAGUCUAGUCCACGCACUGGGCUACACCACCGUGGAAUGCGUAGUAGGUCAUGACGCCGGUGCCGUGACGGCGGCUUUUUGCGCCGUCGCGAGACCCGAUAUGUUUCGGAGUGUCGUGCUGCUAAGUCAUCCGUUUCCGGGGGUUCCGGCUGCUAUUCCCCAGGCGAAUAAUGAGAGUAAGGAAACUAAAGAAGGAGGAGGAGAUAUACAAUCCGAGCUAAGCAACCUCGGUCUCAAACACUAUAAAUGGUACUACUCCACCGAAAACGCCGGCCGCGAGAUGGAGAACCCCGCGCAAGGUCUCCGCGAUUUCCUACGGGGGUAUUUCCAUCUGAAGAGUGGUUGCUGGGAAGGGAAUGACCCUUCGAACAUGGGACCUAUUUCCUCGUGGACGGGGGAACAGUUAGCCAGAAUGCCCGGGUAUUAUAUCAUGCCGGUGGGGUUGAGUAUGCCCGAGACGGUGGAGGAGAUGAUGCGGCAGGCGGAUGCGCGGGGAGUAUCAAAGAGUAAGGAGUGGAUGAGUGAUGAGGAGCUGUCGGUGUAUGUGGGGGAAUAUGCGCGUACGGGGUUCCAGGGUGCGUUGAAUUGGUAUAGGGUGCGGACGACGCCGGGAGGGGAAUAUACGUGGGAUUGGGAGGUGUUUGCGGGGCGGAGGAUUGAGAUUCCGUGUGCGUUUGCCUCCGGGGAGAGUGAUUGGGGGGUGUAUCAGGAGCCGGGGGCGCUGGAGAAUAUGCGCAAUGGGACGAGUUGUGGGGAUUUGAGAGAGGUGAGGUUGAUUCCCGGGGUGGGGCAUUGGGCGCCGCAGGAGGCGCCGGGGGAGGUGGUAGAGGUCAUUUUGGGGGUGGUGAGGGGGUUGUAG